CAGCUGGAGCUGGCCGUCGCCGGGAGCCAAGAGGCGGAUCUGCAGCUGGGAGCGCACCCCAGGCCGGCAGAGGAGGCGGCUGCAGCCGGAUCCGGGAGCGCUGCUGGUGGCGGCGUUUCGCGCAGCCAGUGCCUGAGGCGGCGGUGGGGCCCGAGGGUGAAAAGGUUUCAAAAAUCGAUAUUAAAUUAUUAAAAUCGGCUGCUUGGGAAUUACAACCAUAGAAGAAAAUAAUGCAAAAGGAAAAUGGAACGAGUAUCUUUGAGGGUUACUUAUGGAAAUUGUGGAUUACCUGGACAUCUUAAGACCCAGGGACCCGUUUAUUAAGAAUCUGCUGUCUUGAAAAAUGCCUUUUAUGAAUGCUUUGGAUUAAGAAAGUGUAAACAGUGGUUUGUCAUUUCUGCUACAUAAGAGAUAAUCUGAAUCAGUUCCCUCGCAGUUGCCCAGAUGCCUAAAACUGGCAAGAACUAGUCCUUGGAGUGAUCAUCCUUCAACAAGAAAUACAGAGCUACCUAUGUACUAUAUAAAUAUUGUCUCUUUGAUGACAUUUAAGAUAAUGGACAGCUUUUCUACAUCUAAUUUUCAUACACACAGUUAACACUUGGAGUCUGGAGAAGCAUUUGUUAUAUAUUGGAAGACUGAGUUUUCUCUUUUUGAGUUUUCCAGAUUUAUUAUUUCAUCUGUAUGCUUGAAAUCUCCACAGUCACAUAAACUCCAGACAUAACGAUGGAGCUAUAUGACCCAUCAAAAUAUACAAAAACUAUUGGCAAGCUUUGGAACCAGUUGUUUUUACAUCUGUUCAACAAUUAAUAUAUUCUCUGCUAAUCAAGAAUAUAGAAGCAAAUACAGUCAUGCACAUUGUAUUGAUAAAUUCUGACUGUUGAAUUUUUCUGUAACUGGUUACUUUUAUCAUUCAAAUGCAAGUUAUGUCCAAAUGGAUAUAAAGACUAUAUUGGUGUACCUAGCUCCUAGCCAGUGUUGAAGAUAGAAAACCUAUUAUGACUAAUCCUUGGGAAGAAAAAGUCUGCAAAAUGGCCCAAACGAGUUUACUGCAAGGGAAGCAGUUUUACUGUAGGGAGUGGGUUUUCCACAAGCUUCAGCAUUGCCUCCAGGAGAAAACCAGCUGCUGCAGUAGUGCUGUCAACACACCAUCCCUUGUGAUGAAUUCUGGGAAUAAUGCUGGUGCUGUCUCAGGAAAGGCAGCUGCCUGGGGUGUGUUGUUGGUAGGAGGGCCUGGUAGUGGCAAGACAGCCCUGUGUACUGAACUCUUAUGGCCAAGUUCACCUACAAGCUUGCAGAGAGGUUUGCAUCGCCAGGCUUUGGCUUUUCAUUUCUGCAAAGCCCAGGACUCUGAUACUUUGUGUGUUGGAGGGUUCGUUAGAGGUCUGGUUGCCCAGAUAUGCCGCAGUGGACUACUCCAAGGAUAUGAGGACAAGCUACGAGAUCCAGCCGUUCAAAGCCUGUUACAGCCUGGGGAAUGUGAGAGGAACCCAGCAGAAGCAUUCAAAAGGUGUGUACUGCUCCCGCUCCUGGGCAUGGAGCCCCCUCAGCAGAGCCUGUUCCUGCUGGUGGACUCUGUGGAUGAAGGGUGCAAUGUCACUGAAGGAGAACAGACGGCCACCAGCUUAUCUGGGACUGUCGCGGAACUGCUUGCUGGUCACCAUGAGUUCUUCCCACCGUGGCUCCUGCUUCUCUGUUCUGCCCGAAAACAGAGUAAGGCUGUUACUAAAAUGUUUACUGGUUUUCGAAAAAUCAGUUUGGAUGACCUUCGGAAGGCAUACAUUGUCAAGGAUGUGCAGCAGUACAUUCUUCAUCGUUUAGACCAGGAGGAAGCUCUGCGGCAGCACCUCACGAAAGAAACUGCCGAGAUGUUAAAUCAACUGCACAUUAAAAGCAGUGGAUGUUUUCUUUAUCUAGAACGAGUUUUAGAUGGAGUUGUGGAAAAUUUUAUUAUGUUAAGAGAGAUUCGUGACAUCCCAGGAACUCUGAAUGGUCUGUAUCUCUGGCUUUGCCAGAGACUUUUUGUAAGAAAACAGUUUGCAAAGGUUCAGCCAAUUUUGAAUGUCAUUCUUGCAGCCUGUCGACCUUUGACUGUCACAGAGUUAUAUCAUGCAGUAUGGACCAAAAAUAUGUCCUUGACUUUGGAGGACUUUCAGCGCAAGCUAGAUGUCCUCUCCAAACUUCUUGUCGAUGGACUGGGAAAUACUAAGAUCCUGUUUCACUAUAGCUUUGCUGAGUGGCUUCUGGACGUGAAGCACUGCACUCAGAAGUAUUUAUGUAAUGCGGCAGAAGGACACCGAAUGCUGGCCAUGAGCUACACCUGUCAAGCCAAGAAUUUGACACCAUUGGAAGCACAAGAAUUCGCACUGCAUUUAAUUAAUUCAAAUUUGCAGUUGGAGACAGCUGAAUUAGCCCUGUGGAUGAUAUGGAAUGGCACGCCUGUCCGAGACUCUCUGUCCACUUCAAUACCCAAGGAACAAGAAGUGCUGCAGCUGUUGGUUAAAGCUGGUGCUCACGUCAACAGUGAGGAUGAUCGCACGUCGUGCAUAGUCCGACAAGCCUUGGAAAGAGAGGAUUCUAUCAGGACACUAUUAGAUAAUGGAGCUUCGGUGAAUCAGUGUGAUUCAAAUGGGAGAACGUUAUUGGCUAAUGCCGCCUACAGUGGCAACCUUGAUGUGGUGAAUUUGCUUGUCUCUAGGGGAGCAGACUUAGAGAUAGAAGAUGCUCAUGGACAUACAUCUCUCACCCUAGCUGCUAGACAAGGUCAUACCAAGGUGGUUAACUGUUUGAUUGGGUGUGGAGCAAACAUCAAUCACACUGAUCAAGAUGGUUGGACAGCAUUAAGAUCUGCGGCUUGGGGCGGCCAUACUGAGGUCGUGUCUGCACUGCUUUAUGCUGGCGUAAAAGUGGAUUGUGCCGAUGCUGACAGCCGAACAGCGCUGAGAGCGGCAGCAUGGGGAGGCCAUGAGGAUAUUGUUCUCAACUUGCUACAACACGGUGCUGAGGUUAACAAAGCUGAUAAUGAAGGUAGGACUGCUUUGAUCGCAGCAGCAUACAUGGGACACAGAGAGAUCGUGGAACACCUGCUGGACCACGGAGCAGAAGUCAAUCACGAGGACGUGGAUGGCAGAACCGCGCUCUCUGUCGCUGCCCUUUGCGUGCCUGCAAGUAAAGGGCACGCGUCUGUUGUUAGCCUUUUGAUCGACCGAGGUGCUGAAGUGGAUCACUGUGACAAGGACGGCAUGACUCCACUGCUGGUAGCUGCCUAUGAAGGACAUGUGGAUGUGGUGGACUUGCUUCUGGAGGGAGGGGCUGAUGUGGAUCACACAGACAACAAUGGCCGGACACCCCUGCUGGCAGCAGCUUCCAUGGGUCAUGCUUCAGUAGUAAACACACUUCUGUUUUGGGGUGCAGCUGUGGACAGCAUUGAUAGUGAAGGCAGGACGGUCCUCAGCAUAGCUUCGGCACAAGGAAAUGUUGAGGUGGUGCGCACUCUGCUGGACAGGGGGCUGGACGAGAAUCACAGAGACGAUGCCGGCUGGACCCCUUUGCACAUGGCAGCCUUUGAAGGUCACAGGUUAAUAUGUGAGGCGCUCAUUGAACAAGGUGCUAGAACAAACGAGAUCGACAACGACGGCCGGAUCCCCUUCAUCCUGGCUUCACAAGAGGGUCAUUAUGACUGUGUUCAGAUAUUAUUGGAAAAUAAAUCCAACAUUGAUCAGAGAGGUUACGAUGGAAGAAAUGCACUGCGGGUCGCUGCGUUAGAGGGACACAGGGACAUUGUCGAGUUGCUGUUCAGCCACGGCGCUGAUGUGAACUACAAAGACGCAGAUGGCAGGCCCACGCUUUAUAUCCUGGCCUUAGAAAACCAACUGACGAUGGCCGAGUAUUUUUUAGAAAACGGUGCAAACGUGGAGGCGAGCGAUGCUGAGGGAAGGACAGCGCUCCACGUUUCCUGCUGGCAGGGCCACAUGGAAAUGGUGCAGGUGCUCAUUGCUUCCCACGCCGACGUCAAUGCUGCGGACAACGAGAAGCGCUCCGCUCUGCAGUCGGCAGCCUGGCAGGGCCACGUCAAAGUCGUGCAGCUGCUGAUCGAGCACGGGGCCGUGGUGGACCACACCUGCAACCAGGGUGCCACUGCUCUCUGCAUCGCGGCGCAGGAGGGGCACGUGCACGUGGUCCAGGUCUUACUAGAGCACGGUGCUGAUCCUAACCACGCCGACCAGUUUGGACGCACAGCUAUGCGUGUUGCCGCCAAAAACGGACAUUCUCAAAUCAUUAAAUUAUUAGAAAAAUAUGGUGCCUCUAGUCUGAAUGGCUGUUCCCCAUCUCCUGUUCACACAAUGGAGCAGAAACCUCUCCAGUCGGUGUCUUCGAAAAUGCAGUCGCUCACAAUCAAGUCCAACAGCUCCAGCAGCACCGGCGGCGGGGAUGCGCAGCCGUCCCUGCGCGGCCUGCCCAACGGGCCAGCGCACGCCUUCAGCUCGCCGUCGGAGUCUCCCGAUUCCACCGUGGACCGGCAGAAGUCCUCCCUGUCCAACAAUUCCCUGAAGAGCUCCAAAAACUCAUCCUUGAGAACGACUUCCUCCACAGCGACAGCGCAGACGGUGCCGAUGGACAGCUUCCACGGCCUGUCCUUCACGGAGCAGAUCCAGCAGCACUCGCUGCCGCGCAGCCGCAGCCGCCAGUCCGUCGUGUCCCCGUCCUCCACCACGCAGUCCCUGGGACAGAGUCACAAUUCCCCGAGCAGUGAGUUUGAGUGGAGUCAAGUGAAGCCCAGCCUGAAGUCCACCAAGGCAAAUAAGGGGGGGAAAUCGGAAAAUUCCAGCAAAUCCGGGUCAGCUGGGAAAAGGGCGAAGCAGAGCAGUUCUUCACAGCCAAAGGUCUUAGAGUACGAAAUGACCCAGUUUGACAAGAGAGGCCCCGCGGCCAAGUCUGGGACAGGUGUGCCCCCUAAACAGACGCCAGCGGACGCCCAGUGCAAAAGCCUGGUGCCCUCCGCCCAGCAGCAGCUCGUGGUCCACCAGCAGGGCGGGGAGCAGAAGAGGAGAAACGGGAUCCUGACGAACCCCAACUACCACCUCCAGAGCAACCAGGUGUUCCUUGGUAGGGUGCCAGUCCCACGGACAAUGCAGGACCGAGGGCACCCCGAGGUGUUGGAGGGCUAUCCCUCCUCGGAGACAGAACUCAGCCUUAAGCAAGCCCUGAAGCUUCAGAUCGAGGGUGCCGACCCCAGCUUCAGCUACAAGAAGGAAACGCCAUUGUGAAAGUUCCUGCUCUGAGAGACGGAGACUUUGUGGUUGGAGUGGCUCUUCACCUUCCGGGAUAAGAACAUAAACCGCCAAUGGUGUGCUGAGAGAGAACGAAGAAUGUGCUAUCUGCAGUACAGUUACCUUAAUUACUGUAAUGUGCCUAAAUAGUAAGGCUGCCUUCUCAGUGUAACCCUCUGUGCUUAAGAACUUUCAUUUUGUGUGCUUUGUAUUCACUACACAAAAUAAGCACUUUUUUAAAAGAUGCAGAUGUAUACUACAGUUCCCUGAUAAAGCUGAAAACAAUUUUGAAUAAAGUAUUUUAAGUUAAGAUUUGAUAAAUGUGCAUGUGCCAUGGUCAAAUAUAUAUGAAAGGCAGUGUUCUUUGUAUUUAUUUUCUUUUUUGUGGCAAAAGAACCUUAUGCGCAGUGUUCCGGUCACAUUUGCAUUGUAGUGCGUGGCCUGUUUCCUGUAUUUUUAAAAUGUCACUCAAUAAAAUGAAUCUUGCAACUGUUUUAUGUUCACUGCCCCUUCAGC